UGCGCGCGUCUGCGGCGGUCAAGGAAAUCGGUUUCUAUUUAAAAAUAAGUAAAGUAGUAUCGGCACGUCCAAAAUCUCGGCCGCACUGCGGCAGCCGCGUUGGCCGCUCGUCUACAGACGCGUCCUAAGGAAUCGUACCUUAAAGGUGUUGCAGUGUCUAGUGUACCAGUGAACAUAUUUUGCGUUUCUACAUUUGUUCGUUUGAAUCAAUAUUAUAAGGGCUAAAAAUAUAUCUCAGACAGUACCAAAUUUUUUUAAGAGCUUUUGAUGAUUUUCGGUUCGGGCCUGGGAUUUUUUUCACAAACAUUUUUUGGACCGGUCGGACCGGGCUUUAGAAAAAAGAUAUUUGACCGAGCUGGACCGUAAAUGUAUGGCCCUUGCAGGUCUUUACCUAUUCAUUUUUUCAUUAUUGUCGAUUGAUAUUGGUAUGGGCCGUGUGUUCGACGUGCCUGUGCUAAGGCAUUCGUGUGGCGAUUACGUCCGCUGGCCGACGAUGGGGACGGCGAAGGGGAACCGUCAGCUGUUGGGCGCUUGCGUGUGUUUACUCGUCUGAUAAUGACGUGUGUACACUGUCGUCGUUAUCUCUACUGUUUCGCGUUCACAACAACAAUGUCAAUAACGAAGAAAAUAAAUAAACCCGACGGACUUGUAACGGUAAUAGUAUUGUUGCAAUUCUAACACUUCUCCCCCGUGUACACUCCGUUCGACGACGAUGCCAGUUGUACCGUCGUAUUGAUUCGAUCGCGUCGCAAGUGUCGCAACAAACUGCGAUCGUUGAUCCGUAAGUUCGACGUGCCGUCGCGUACCUAAGUAAAAACCGCUUUGACGUGGUGGACCCGAUCGUCGCGCGCCAACGGGUUUUACGUGCCUGCGGACUGUUCUGUUUCAUUCCCAUCGCCACGGACUCGCUCGCUUGUUCACUCCCGUCUCUGUUGCUUCUUCCGACCGACAUCACUUGAAGAUACCAUGUCGGACGGCGACGACUUGUCUGACUGCAGCAACUCGUCGGAUUCCAGUUACUCGAAGGUGGACUUCUACGAAGUUCAAAAUGUAGUACCUGAACAGUUUAAAAAUAAAGUGAACAGUUUAAACAAAAUUCUGCAAAGCGAAAUAAAAGAUACUGAUGAACUGAAAAACUUAGCUUGCAGUGAAGGAGGAUUAGUGAUUAGUUUAGUACGUUCAGAAGCAUGGCCAUUACUUUUAAACUUAUCAAUUGAGAAUAAACCAUUACUUAACUUAGAAAACAUUAAAGAUCAUCCAGAAUAUAAUCAAGUGGUCAUGGAUGUUAGAAGGUGUUUAAAAAGAUUUCCUCCUGGCAUAUCUUAUGAGAGAAUUGGAUUAUUGCAAGAACAAUUGAUUGAAAUUAUACUCAGUAUAAUUACGGAACACAAAGAAUUAAAAUACUAUCAAGGUUAUCAUGAUGUUGCUGUUACGUUCCUAAUUGAAGUUGGACAAGAAAAAGCUUAUAUUCUAAUGGAGUACUUAUCUUUAAACCAUCUAAGAAAAUUUCUGAUGCCAACCAUGAAUGAAACGUCAUAUAUGUUAUGGCAUGUAUUUCCGCUAUUAUUAAAAAUCGAUCCAAUAUUAGGAGAGUUCAUAUUAAAGUCUGGUAUCGGUACAAUAUUUGCUCUGCCAUGGUUACUUUCAUGGUUUAGUCAUAGUUUGAACCAACACAUAAAAGUAGUGAGAUUAUUUGAUUAUUUCUUGGCAUCACAAGAAGACAUUAUUUUGUAUGUGAUAGCUCAGAUGAUAAUUGCUAGGAGAGAUGAAGUUUUGAAAGUUGAAUGCGAUAUGGCUAAUGUACAUUGGGUCUUAUCAAAGAUUCCAGAAGAUCUAGAUUUUGAAUCUGUAUUGGAUAAAGCUACAAUUAUGUGCGAAGAUUAUCCACUCUCAACAAUUAAAGACGAAGUCGACUUGUUAAUUGAAAACGAGGCUAAAUUAUUACAAGCUCUGCAUGAUGAAAAUAUCCAAAGACGUUCAAUUAGGAAGAAGAUUCCGGAUCACGGACCUCCAUUCGCCAAUGCUUUCCAUUAUGUACCAAUAUGGAUAGUACCUAGGAUGAGAUUUGGUCUGUUAUUCUUUGGAUUCAGUGUUGCUGCUGGACUGUGGGCUGUAAUCAAAUCCAACAACAACUAAAAUAAAUUAUUGAUGCUUCAUAUAUUCCAAAUACAUGUGCUAUACACAGGGGACCAAAUAGACUGAUAUCUUACAAUAUUGUGUCGAUAUGUAUUUAUUUGUUUUAAUUUAUGAUGACUCAUAUCUAGAUUUUUCUCAUUUGUUUAUCCCUAUUUUGUUAAUCUCUUUUCAUACAGUCUAAUUGUUAAAAAUUAAAAUAUUUAUAAUUUAAAAUUUACCAUUACAA